CCGGGCCCGGGGCCCCCCCAGGACCCCCCCCCCGGGCCGGUGCACAUGAACCUGUUCGCCACCUGGGAGGUGGAUCGCAGCUCGCCCAGCUGCGUGCCCAGGCUGUUCAGCCUCACCCUGCGGCGCCUUGUGCUGGUCCGGGAGGUGGCCAAAGACCUGGGCUCGGUGGUCAUCGCGGUCAAGCUGCAGGGCUCGAAGCGGAUCCUGCGCUCCAACGAGAUCCCGCUGCCCCCCGGGGGCCCCCCCGAGACCGAGCUGCAGCUCACCUUCUCCCUGCAGUACGGGCACUUCCUGAAGCGCGACACGAACCGGCUGCAGGUGAUGCUGCAGCGCCGCAAGCGCUCCAAGCACCGCCCGUUCCUGGGCUACAAAACGCUCGCGGUGGGGCUGAUCAACCUGGCCGAGGUGCUGCAGCUGCCCAGCGAGGCCGGCCAGGCCCUGGUGCUGCACCGGGCGCUGACGGAGCCGCUGCCCGUGGCCGAGGUCGGGGUGGUCGCGCUCUCGAGCCAGCCCGUGGAGCCCGAGGGCAAAGCCAAGGGAGCGGACCGCUCCCCGGACCUGGACCAGGACUCGGAGGAGGAGGAGGAGAGUUUCUCCUCGGAGCCCGAGGGCAGCGAUGACGCUCUGCCGGGCCAGGACCUGUUCGAUGAGGAGGAGGAGCUGCCCAAGGGGAAGAAGCCGAGGAGGAAGGGCCCGGGGGGCGCCAGGGUGACCAGCACCCCCAACAUCAAACAGAAAUUUGUGGCGCUGCUGAAACGAUUCCGGGUGUCUGAGGAGGGUGGCUUUGGCCUGGACCACGUGUCCCCGGCGCGGAUGCGGGCGGUGGCCGAGGACCUGGACGAGCUCUACGACUCCCUGGAGAUUUUCAACCCCAGCGACAGCGGCGCCGACCUGGACGACACCGACAGCGUCCUGAGCACCCCAAAACCGCGGCUCAGGCCGUUCUUUGAGGGUCUCUCCCAGUCGAGCUCCCAGACCGAGAUGGGCAGCGAGGGCCCCGCCCCGGCAGAGCCGGGGCCCCGCAGCGGCCGCAGAGCCCCCGAGGAGGGGCCGGACCCCCCCCGAGGGGGCUGCACCUCUUUGCCCCCCCCCCAGGACCCCCGGGGGGACCCCGAGCCACCAACAGAGCCCGGGGGGGGCCCCGAGAAGUUGAAGACCCCCCUGAAGGGGAGCAAGGGGGAGGCGGCGUCACCCCGGCCGGACGGGGGGGCCCCCCCCGGGCCGGGGGCGCAGGGGGACCCCCCUGAGGGAGCGGGGGCAGCCCCGGGGGGGCCCCGGAGAGAGGAGCCCCGAGGGAGAGAGACCCCCCGAGGGACCCCCCCCGGCACAGGUGGACAGAGGGGACAGAGGGGGGACAAUGGGGGCACAGGCCCCCGGCGGGCGCUGUGGGAGCAGCUGGGGGGGGCGCUGGGCCCCGAGCCGGGGCUCCCCGAAAGCGUCGUCCUGUGGGUGUCCGAGCUGCUCCUGGCCCAGGGGGUGCCCGUGGUGGCCACGGUGUCCCCCCUGUUCCCAACUGUCCCUCACCUGUCCCCAUCAUUCCUCACCUGUCCCCAGGUGUCCCCCUGUCCCUCACCUGUCCCCAGGUGUCCCCAGGUGUCCCCCUGUCCCCCGCAGGUGUCACUGCUCUCGCCGCUGCCCCCCCGCGUGCUGAAGGUGGUGGCCGUGGGUGGGGCCGGGUACCACGGGAGCCUCCUGAGGGGCUUCGUGCGGCACCUGGGCACACCUGGGGCACACCUGGGCCCCCGCGGGCCCGACUGGCUCGGCCUCCUGCGCUUCCUCAUCGUCCCCCUGGGCCCCCACCCGGUGGCGCAGCACCUGGGCACCCUCGAUGGCCGCUACGGCUCCGCCCUCCUGGACCCGCCCUGGCGGGAGCUGUUCGCGCGCAGCGAGCCCCCCCCCAGCGAGCCGUUCAGUGUCGCCGGGCGCAUCCUGGGUUACGUGGCGGGGGCGGGGGUGACGCUGGCCCUGCCGGUGGCUGAGGCCAUGCUGACCUGCAGGGACAAGUUCCCCGACGAGGACUCGUGCCAGAAGUUCGUGCCCUUCGUGGGGGUGGUGAAGGUGGGACUGGCCGAGGAUCCCCCCCCUGCACCGGGUGACGGUGACACCGAGGGUCCCCCCCCGAGCCUCGCUGUCCCCUCCACGUCCCCCCCCCGCGGGGGGGAGGGGUCGGGGGGCCCCGCGAGGCCCGCGACCCCCCCCCGCGUCCCCCUCCAUGGCCGGGGGCACCCCCGGGUGAGACCCCCGGGAUGGGGGGGCACCCAUGGCCCCUCGGGGGAGGCGCUGGGGCUGCAGGUGGAUUAUUGGGGGGGGGUCGCCCCCCCCGAGCGGCGGCGGGGGGGAGGGGAGCGGCGCGAGGGGGGGGGUCCCAAGAGCAGCCUCAGGGGCACCUUCCGCUCCCUGCUGGUGACGCGGCUGCCCCCCCCCGGGGACCCCCCCGGGACCACCCUGGCCAUGACCCUCGUGAGCCGCGAGAAGAACAAGAAGGUGCCCGCCCUGUUCAAGCGGCCCCGCGAGCCCGAAAGAGCCGGGGGGGUCGAGGGGAUCACGCGGCUGAUCUGCGCCCCCCGCCCCCCCCCCGCCCUGCUCAGCGGGUGGGUGCGGCACCCGCGGGUGGGGGAGGGGCACCGAGGUGGGACGACAUCAAGUUCUUCCAGCUGGCGGCGCAGUGGCCGUCCCACGUCAAGCACUUCCCCGUCGGCCUCUUCGGGGGGGGGCAAAGGCCCCUGA